AUGUUGAUUGUAGCCACAGGCUAUGGGAGGUUUCACCUGCUGAUUCUGGCCCUGUGUGGCUGGGCUGUGUCCAGUGAUGCAAUUGAGGUCCUGUCUGUCUCCUUCCUUCUUCCAUCGGCCACCUGUGAUUUUGGCCUCAGCUCUACAGACAAAGGAAACCUCAAUUCUGUUAUAUUUUUAGGUAUGAUAGUGGGAGGGUACUUCUGGGGCUCUCUGGCAGACAAGGCAGGCAGGCGUACCGUCCUUCUCGGCUCUCUCACCGUCAAUGGCCUAGGGGGACUCGCGUCCAGUGUAGCACAAUCUUUCUGGCUAUUUCUCCUCUUAAGAUUCAUCAGUGGUGUAGGGGUUGGAGGGAGCAUACCAGUUAUCUUCUCAUACUUCACGGAAUUCCAGCCGAAAGCCAAGAGAGGCAUGAUGAUCAGUGUGUUAGCCACAUUCUGGAUGUUUGGCAACAUCAUCGCAGCUGGGCUUGCCUGGGCCAUCAUUCCUCAGAAACUGGGCGUGGUCACUCCCUCAUUCACAUACGACAGUUGGCGUGUGUUCAUAGCAGUCUGCACUAUCCCCAGUCUUACAUCAGCAGCUAUUUUUAUCCUUAUGCCGGAAAGUCCAAAAUUUUUGAUAGAGACUGGUAAGGAAGAUAUGGCGGUAGCUGUUCUCAGGAAAGUCCAUCGGAUAAAUAAACCAAAAGAAUUCAAAGUCUUCCCAUAUACCUUUGUGACUCUGAGUGGAGAUGAGGAUGAGAAAUCGAAGAGGGAUGAUGUCCUUCCUCGAAACUUAAACUGCUGCGCAAGAUACUGGAUCGCAACAAAACAGAUGCUGACCACAACAGUCAGACUAUUCAGGAAACCCAUGGCAGGGAGAACCAUCGUCAUUCUUGUUAUCAACUUCACUUUAUCUUUCGGGUAUUACGGGUUGUGGCUCUGGUUCCCAGAGAUAUUUUCUCGUAUCGAGAAGAACGGUGGCUCGCCUUGCGACGUCGGUCUCAACACCACCGCACCCAACAUCACCGUGGAAACCAACAUCACCUGCCAUCUCCCUGACGACUGGGUGUAUUUGUCAGGAUUUCUGACGGCAGCGUCAAACUUACCCGGAAAUCUUCUCACCAUAUUUCUCAUGGAUAAAAUUGGAAGAAAGGGCCUGUUAGCCUCCAGUAUGGUUGUCUCAGGCGGAUGUGUCUUCUUCAUCCUGUUUGUCCACAACAAAACACAGAACUUGUUGGUGGCUUGUCUCUUUGGUGCGGUCAGCACUGUAGGCUGGAACUCACUGGACGUUUUGGGGGCGGAGCUAUUCCCCACUGCUGUCAGGUCAACUGCAUUUGGUUUACAGUCAGUGUUUGGUAGGACAGGGGCUAUCCUAGGUAACCAGGUGUUUGGCCUGUUGGUUGAUGUCCACUGUGCAGUGCCAUUGUUGCUUGUGGCAUCGAUGUUGACAUUUGGUGGCCUGGCUUCCAUCAAACUACCAAACACCACCAAAGCUGACAUCCACUGAGUUGUGACCUGAGUUAGAACAACUUAGAAGUGGAUUUUCACUUCAAUUGUAACAACCAAGCACCACAAAAACUGAUAUCC